AUUCGUCUUGUUGGGCAAACUAGCCAAGCAUCCGAAGAAGACGAUUCUAUGCGGAAGUAAAAAAAAUUGACAAUUCCCAGCUCGAUCUACUAUCGCAUCCAUUUAAGGACAUAUUUCUUGGAUCAAGGCACCACACCAUGACUGACCUUUGGCAGAAUGCCAUGGACCAUGCUGUGGCUCUGGCCAGGAAAGCAGGAUCGCUUGUAAGGGACGCGGUACAGAAUGACAUGAAGGUUAUGUUGAAGAGUUCUUCUGUGGACCUGGUGACUAAAAACUGACCAAAAAGUGGAGCAACUCAUUAUAGACUCGUGAAGGAGAAAUUCCCCACGCACAGUUUCAUAGGCGAGGAGUCGGUGGCUGCUGGAGAGCCCUGUGUUCUCACUGACAACCCAACCUGGAUUGUUGACCCGGUAGACGGAACCACUAACUUUGUCCACGGAUAUCCGUUUGUUGCCGUGUCUAUUGGCUUUGCAGUCAACAGAAAGCUGGAGUUUGGAGUGGUGUACAGCUGCAUAGAAGACAAGAUGUACACAGCCAGGAAAGGGAAGGGAGCCUUCUGCGAUGGACAGCUCCUUAAUGUGUCGGACCAGAAAGAAAUCAGCCAGUCUAUCAUUGCUACUGAGUUUGGUUCCAACAGAGACACAGAGGUGGUUGACAAAAUCUUCUCCAGCAUGAGGAAGAUCCUGUGUUUACCCAUCCACGGGAUUCGAGGUGUUGGCACAGCGGCCACAAACAUGUGUCUGGUGGCGUCGGGCUGCGUGGAGGCCUACUACGAGAUAGGGAUUCACUGCUGGGACAUCGCUGCCGGGGCCAUCAUAGUCACAGAGGCAGGGGGCGUCCUCAUGGAUGUAGAUGGUAGACCAUUGGACCUCAUGUCCAGAAGGGUCGUUGCUGCAAAUAACAAGAUAAUCGCUGAAAGGAUUGUCAAAGAGAUUGACGUGUUUACCCCUCUGCGAGAUGAUGCACCUACAGAGACAAAAGACUGAACAAGGGAAAAUUGCUAUGUUUUAUUAAGUCAUAUUCUUAGAAAAAAAAUGUGUGUUUUUUUUAAGCUUGUUUUAUUUUUUCCAAAAGAUAUCACUGUUCUUGAACAAUUCUGGUCAUUUUAAAACCAAACUUUUUUGUCCUAGCA